AUGUCUCGUGUUGGACGGCGGGGUAUUUCAGGUAAAUCAGAAGUACCAUAUAUUAUUUAUAACAUUGGUGAAAGCAUGCAAGAACUGAUCAAGUUGUGGAAGGAAUAUGAAUCAUCUCAAUCUCAAGUUGAAAAAAAUGCUGAAAGCCUUAAUGAUGGCCUCACUCUUGAAAUUCGGAUACCUGCUAAGCAUGUCAUUACUACAAACCACCAAGUCAGAGGUGCCCAGCUAUGGGGGACUGAUGUGUACACAUAUGACUCAGAUCUUGUUGCUGUUCUCAUGCAUACUGGUUACUGUUUCCCAACGCCUUCUCCUCCUCCCUCGGCUAUAAAAGAGUUGCGCGCAUGCAUUCGGGUGCUACCUCCGCUAGACUGCUAUAUUUCCACCCAGAGAAACAAUCUGCGUUCCCGAGCUUGGGGUGCUGCACCUGGUUGUAGUUAUAGAGUUGAGCGAUGUUGUAUCGUGAAGAAAGGAGGCGGAACUAUUGAUCUUGAACCAUCCCAUACACACACGGCAACUAUUGAUCCCACCCUUGCACCAAUGGCUGUUGAGCGGACAAUUACUACCAGGGCUGCAGCUUCGAAUACAUCGCGGCUGCAAAGAUUUAUAAGAGAAGUCACAAUUCAGUACAACCUCUGCAAUGAGCCCUGGAUCAAGUAUAAUAUCAGCAUUGUUGCUGACAAGGGACUAAAAAAGCCACUCUAUACAUCUGCCCGCUUGAAGAAGGGAGAGGUUCUGUAUCUGGAAACACACUCGCGCAGAUAUGAACUCUGUUUUGCCGGAGAAAAAAUGGUCAAAGCCAUACUAGCAACUCAGUUGCACAACCCUGAUAUAAAAAAUUCCCCAAAUCAUCAGUUGCACUCCACAAAUGGUAACAAAUCUGAUUCUGAUAAUGUCGUGGUUGACGUAUUUCGCUGGUCUCGUUGUAAGAAGAUUUUACCCCAGAGAUUGAUGCGCACAGUUGGCAUCCCCCUGCCUCUUGAAUAUGUGGAGGUUCUAGCAGAAAAUAUAGACUGGGAAGAUGUACAAUGGUCUCAAACUGGUGUUUGGAUUGCAGGAAAGGAAUAUGCCCUUGCUAGGGUGCAUUUCAUGUCAAUGAAUUAG